UCAAUACUAAGAUAUUUGUUCAUUUCAUAGGGAAGAGCCUGGACUGGAUUGCCCAAUCACAAUGGACACCCUUUCAAGAGUUAGGUGCUUCACUACCUCUAACAGUUCUUCCAACAUCCCAUUUCCAAGAAUUUCUCCAACUCCUCGCUCCACACUUCCCACUGUUUCAGUCCUAAGAACAAGCCCUCGUCCAGUGAGUGGAGUAGCAGAGGAGGAUGUUUUGCAAAUGUUCUUUAAGGAGAGAAAAUUAAGCGGAGAUUUUAUAUCAAAAGCUUCUGAUAUAUUUUGGCAGAGGGAGGUCCAGCAAUUUGUAGAUGCUGAUGCCGGCGAACCUGCCGACACUCCUCAACAAGCAGAGCAGGUAAUGGAAAGUGAUAAUGAUGGUGGGUUUUUGAAACUGUCAAGAACCCUUGAAUGGGUAUCAGGUGACAACCCUGCACCAGUCAAUAAGAAAGCCAUCGCUAAGGCGUUGCAGGAUGAUAGUGAAAGAAGGAAGAAACUGAACCUCCUCAACUAUGAAGCUCUCAAAAGGGAGAUGAUGCUUUUAUCUGUUGGUAUUGGAACCGCAUGCAGUGGGUAUUGUUUGAUAGUUUUAUCAGCCCAGGCUGCAGUUAGUUACGGGACAGGAGUUCUUUUCAGUUGCUUGUACCUUCAGCUCUUAUACAAACAUGUAGACAACCUGUCCAGAGAAAUCGUUCCUCAAGUUUUCAUGCAAAAGAAGAAGAAGAAAAUUGGAAUCAGAAGUGAGGACCUUAAGGAUUCGAUAGAGAAAUCCAUCAAGGGUAGUGGAAUUGCUCUUUCAUCUCCAAGGCUUGUGAUCCCAGCAGCAAUAUAUGGAUUGUGGGUCCUGUCUCAUCAGUAUUUUGCCAAUGACUUAUUUGAUUUCCAGCUUGUGCCAGCCAUGGUUGGGAUGUUUGUCUAUAAAGCUGCUGCUCUCGUUCAAGUCUAUAGAGAUAAUGAGGACCUGCAAUUUGUCUUUCCAGAAAAUGGGGAUGGUUCAAGUGACUGAAUAUCAUCUUCAUUAGCAAUUAUUUUAAUAGAGCUGGAUGCUUUGCGGAAGUUCAGUGUCAUUAGGGUUAUAAAUUCAGCUUCAUUUUGCAAGCCUACCUAUGUUGACUUCAGUACCUAGAUUCAGCCUAGGAAAUCACCUACAAGAUGUCCAAAGCGAAAUACUGCAUUUCUUUUAGGAUCUGAUUCCAGCAUGGUUAGCUGGUUCAUAUUAAAACUCUGCAAGUUCUACUGGUAAGGGCUAAACCUCUACUCUCAAGCAUGAUGACCUUCUCAGUGAGGCUAUUACUAACAUCUGUUCCAAAUUCAAGUAUGGUGCCUAAUACAUGUAUGUGCCUAUCUUUAUGACGAACGUCUCUGUCAAAAGUUGUUACUUUUGGGUGAUUAUGUCAUAUGUUCUUUCUCAAUGGUGUCAAUAACUUUACCUCAAGAAAAAGAGGAAAAUUUUCCUACAAAUUGAUGGAAUCAAAUCUACUGGUAUUAAUCUUUUCA